GUUGUUUACUAAUACUAAUGACGAACACUUGGCUUCCACUCCCUUUUCGUCACCCCACUCUACACCGAUGGCGGCGGCGACAUCCUUCCAGCCUUCUUCCAUCACUGCCUCCUCCCCGGCUAAAACCCCAAAGCCGGCCCUCAAAACCCUAGGAUUUGGUUUGGGAUUCUGCUCCUCGCCAUCCAAAUCCGGGAGGCUUCUCCUUUCCCGGAUCCACUUGGAUGCAACUGUUGGCGGACGAGGCGGCGCCGCCGCCCUUGGCGCUCGGAUGGUCUCCGUGCCGUCCGUCAGCAAGUCUGCGCCCUCUCUCGACUUCGAGACGUCCGUAUUUAAGAAGGAGAAGAUCAACCUCGCCGGUCAAGAUGAGUAUAUUGUAAGAGGUGGGAGGGAUUUGUUCCAUUUGUUGCCGGAUGCUUUCAGGGGGAUCAAGCAGAUUGGCGUAAUUGGAUGGGGAUCCCAGGGUCCUGCCCAAGCACAGAACUUGAGGGACUCGCUUGCUGUGGCACAGUCGGACAUUGUGGUCAAGAUUGGCCUGAGGAAAGGUUCUCGUUCCUUUGAGGAAGCACGUGCUGCUGGGUUUACUGAAGAAAAUGGAACCUUGGGUGAUAUCUGGGAAACAAUUUCAGGCAGUGACCUUGUGUUGCUGCUGAUUUCAGAUUCUGCACAGGCGGACAACUACGAGAAAGUAUUCUCACACAUGAAACCAAACAGCAUUCUGGGGUUGUCUCAUGGUUUUCUUCUUGGGCAUUUGCAAUCCCUUGGCCUUGAUUUCCCCAAAAACAUCAGCGUGAUUGCUGUAUGCCCUAAAGGGAUGGGCCCAUCAGUGAGAAGGUUGUAUGUUCAAGGAAAAGAGAUAAAUGGUGCAGGAAUCAAUUCUAGUUUUGCUGUACAUCAGGAUGUUGAUGGCAGGGCUACAGAUGUUGCUUUGGGGUGGUCAGUUGCUCUGGGAUCUCCUUUUACAUUCGCCACUACUUUAGAGCAGGAAUACAAGAGUGACAUUUUUGGGGAGCGGGGUAUUUUGCUUGGUGCUGUGCAUGGAAUUGUGGAGGCCUUGUUCAGAAGGUACACAGAGAGUGGAAUGAGUGAAGAACUGGCUUAUAAAAACACCGUUGAAUGCAUCACGGGAAUCAUAUCAAGGACCAUUUCAACAAAGGGCAUGCUCUCCGUCUACAGCUCUUUGACCGAAGAAGGGAAAAAGGAAUUUAGUGCUGCAUAUAGUGCAUCAUACUAUCCCUGCAUGGAUAUCUUGUAUGAGUGCUAUGAAGAUGUUGCAUGUGGCAGUGAAAUUCGCAGUGUUGUUUUAGCUGGGCGACGCUUUUACGAAAAGGAAGGGCUUCCUGCCUUCCCAAUGGGUAAAAUUGAUCAGACACGGAUGUGGAAAGUUGGUGAGAGAGUCCGUGCAACUCGACCUGAGGGCAACUUGGGUCCCUUGCACCCUUUCACUGCUGGGGUUUAUGUGGCUCUAAUGAUGGCUCAGAUUGAGGUCCUAAGAAAGAAGGGACAUUCUUAUUCAGAGAUCAUUAACGAAAGUGUGAUCGAGUCAGUGGAUUCCCUAAAUCCUUUCAUGCAUGCUCGUGGGGUGUUUAUGGUGGACAACUGUUCCACAACUGCACGCUUGGGAUCAAGAAAGUGGGCUCCACGUUUCGAUUAUAUCCUCACCCAGCAAGCAUUUGUAUCUGUCGACAAGAACACACCUAUCAAUCAGGACCUGCUCAGCAACUUCUUGUCUGAUCCAGUUCAUGGUGCUAUUGAAGUCUGCGCAGAGUUGAGGCCUACCGUCGAUAUAUCCGUGCCUCCAGAUGCAGAUUUUGUGCGACCGGAAUUGCGACAAACUAGCACUUGAGAUAUGGCAAGAGAUUUUGAUGGAUAGUCCACUGCUGGUGAGAUAUUUUAAGAGGUUAAUAUGAGGAUUCUAGUUCUUUAAAUGUCUAGGUUGCAUGCGUAUCGGAACAUUGUGGAGUCUGAUGUAGUGUCUCUGAAUAUAUGUUGGUGCAUAGCUGCGCGUCAGUUGUGCUCCUUGCUCUUGUUUGACUGUGAUUGAGGAAUUCCUGGUGUUCGUUUGUAGCUUAAUGAGGAUUUUUCUCUCAGUUUCACUUGCUCUUUCUUGUGCAUUUUUGGAGUUGAGAGGUGUCUAUGCGGAGAAGACUCUUCUAAAUGUGUGACCAAUCCACUUCUGAUGUUGUAGCUUUU